UUGUUUUACUUCCAUCUUGCAUUACAAAAACAUUCACCAAGUCCAGUUUGAGAUGCACUUUUGGGACUAUAUGACUCCUUCAAUAUCAAUAUUUUAUUUCCCGUUAUUGAACCUCACGGUAUCACUUAUUCUGUCUUGGCAACCCAAGUCACGAGCGCUGUACACAUCUGCAAUCCUUUGGAACUUGAUCAAUUCGGUGUCUAGCUGGCGAAACUAGUUUCUCAUACCACUUUACACAAUAAAUUUGCCCACCAUGUCUGACACCUUGUUUCCGCCUCGACAUAUAUUUUACCCAUCAAAAACACAAGAAAAUACUAUGAUCUUCCUUCACGAACGUGGCAUUGGCAUGACUGGGGAAGAUAUUGCCAGUUGCUUUAAUUCCGCAAAUCUAGGUGGGAAGGCCAUUUUUGAUCACUUCCCUGCAACAAGAUGGGUCUUUCCAUGCGCCAAGGAGAGGAAAUUCUUCAUAUCGAAAACUCAGGGAAAUAUCAGGUCCAGCAGAAAGGCUUCUAUUUUUGAAUGGUUCGAAGUGGCGUCUUUCGAGGACGUGCGACAAGGUUCAAACAAACAGCUCACUGACCUGAGGGACAGUGCCACUUAUAUUAUGGGACUGAUCGAAGAUGAGCUCAAACACGUGAAUAACGAUCCCAGAAGGAUUUUCUUGGGUGGUAUUGGUCAAGGAAUGGCCCUUGGGCUUGUUGUGCUACUAUGUACGCCUUAUCGAUUAGGCGGGUUUGCGGGCAUCAAUGGAUGGAUGCCUUUUGCCGACACCUUAAAAGCGUCUAUUGAACAAGGCGACAUUGACGGAGCGUAUCAAUUCUUCAAAUCACAUUGCAUUGUUCCUAUACGACCGCCAAAUAUGCCACGACAGGAUGCUACAAAGGCCAUUCAAAUGCCCUCUUUUAUAAAACCCAUCUCGAGUCAACGAGAUUAUUCACAGCCUGCCGGAUCAUCUACUGCUCCAGAGCCAUCCAUCGUUGAAGAUAUCAAGCGGACUCCGAUCCUUGUGACCCAUGCCAGUGGGGAUAAGUUCUAUGUUAAGACACAAUAUAGCUGUACGGCUUACUCGCUAAUGGAAAGCAUGGGCUUCUAUAACUUAACAUGGAAACAAUUCACAUACGGACGAGUCGAAGGUCAAAUGUCCGAGUCGGAUGCCUCCAACUUUUUAUAUUCUCUGAUGUUCCCAGAGCAGCUGUUAUACCUAGUUGGGUUCCUUGAGAGUUUCGGUAUGAAAUUAGAAAGCUAUACAAACUAGCAAGGUGCUGAGAAUAUGGGCUUUUAAUGAUCAGCUCUGAUUGCUGCUUAAUUGGGCUGUCACCUUUGUAGCACUUUUCCCGGUGAGAUGGAGUAACCAAAUUAACAUCGAAAUAA